GCUUGGCACCUCGUGGCUUUCUGGACUAGGCUGCACUUCUUGGAGCAGCUACAGGAUUGCCGUAGGAAGCGUCAAAAAGUCGAGCCCUCCGCAUCAGAGGAGCCCCGCAAGGAGGACAGCAAGGGCCCCUCCAAGGUGUCGCUGAAGCGCCGGUCCAAGAUGGAGGACCCCGUGUGGAUCCGAGCCAACUGGGAGGUCACCAAAGAGCCGACUGCAAAGGGCGAUUGGCUGGUAGAUGG